AUGAGCGGUGCAGAAUACGUUACCUUCGACACGAACGUCGGGCAGUUCACGGUCGAGCUGUAUACAAAGCACGCGCCUAAGACAUGUAACAACUUCAGCAAGCUGGCGGAAAGAGGAUACUAUAACGGCGUUGUCUUCCACCGGAUAAUACCAGGAUUCAUGAUCCAAGGAGGAGACCCAACAGGAACCGGUCGAGGCGGAACAUCCGUCUAUGGCGAUAAGUUCGCUGACGAAUUACAUCCGGACCUGCGCUUCGUCGGUGCUGGGAUCUUAGCAAUGGCGAAUUCUGGACCCAACACAAACGGAUCGCAGUUCUUCAUCACCUGCGCACCAACACCAUUCCUCGACGGCAAGCACACCAUCUUUGGCCGUAUAUCAUCCGGUAUGAAGACCGUCCAGCGCCUAGAAGCGGUCCGGACGGACAACAACGACCGGCCAGUAGAGGAUAUCAAGAUCCACAAGGCCAGGCUGGGCGAGGCGGGGUCGCUGGAGAUACAACAGGCAUAA